AUGGAUCUGGAGGGCCGAGGCGUCGGCUGUGCCGAGAUGCACGAGCUCGCGUCUUCGGACCGUGUCAUUUGGGCGACUACAGUACAGUACAGUACCAGCCACUUUGGCGGUACUUACCUUGCAAAAGGGAAAGAGGCUCCCGUCGUUUGUUUGGAAGGAAGUGAAGAGAAUGCAGACGAUUGGGGCGCCGCUCAAGUGGGACUCGGCCAGGUCCGAAGAUUGGCCGCAGCGGGCAACAGCAUCCUUGGACACUCUUCAGACCGGGCGGAGUCUCGAGUCUGGCUGGUGGAUUGCGUAGCUCGCUCGUCAUCCGCUGUCCAGCGGAUCGCGAACCUCGGGCCCGCCAUCGCAUCCAGUCCGGUCAUCGCUUCCUCGCAGGCGCCUCUACGAAGUGGGCUGGCGUUCCGAGCUCCAACAGAGCCUCUCGCCGAGAUGCCCGCACCCGCCGUCGCCGCGAAAUUGACCACUCUGCAGGCCGCGUCGGUUGCCAAACCGAUCUUCACCGACGUCCCGUGUUGGGGCUUGAACCAGCGGAGUUUCGGGCUUCGCUGCCCUUCCCCCCCUCCCUCUUUUCCGCUCCCCUCCUCCGAGCUCUUCCAGCUUCAGCCAGCAUCAGCCGGCACUCGUCCAAGGCCGGGCAGCGUUAGCCAGAGUCAGCAUCGGGCCAAGCUUGUGCCGCACCUCGACUGCGUACGGGUCGAUCUCGUUGACCGUCAGCACGUCUUACGACCUCGAACAAAGACGAGCAUUCGGCUUCUUGGCCAUUCCAACGGAACGUGUCUACUUUUCUGUUCGGUUUUGGCACCAGCUGCGAGCGCGAUUCGUCCUGCAUUUCAACUCAGACUCCGCAGAGCCGGUGGCCGUGGCGUACAGAGCAGCGCUGUGCAGGGUCCAAGGGCAUAA